AUGGAGUAUGAGUCUGAGUAUGACCAUGGUGAUAGCUGGAUACAAGACAUCACAAUUCUAGGAAAAGAGCUUCAGAAUGUAAGAAACGAUAUGGCUAUACCUCCUCAAUUGAAGGUUAAUUUUGGUGGUGAAUCUGACUGGGAAGACUGCAAGUGCGUAUUCAAGGGGAAGAAGGCCGAUUCCUCUAAAGAUUGGUACAAGACCUCAUGUACCAACAAAGAUUCCAAGGGAUUAGAUCCAUAUAAAUGA